AUGGGUCUCUCCGGCUCCGGCGUCGCGUUGCUUGUGUUCCUCGGCCUCUGCACCGCCGCCGUGUCGAGCUGGACGACGCCGCCGCCGCCUCCGCCGGAGAUGCUGCACGAGAGCUUCGCCGGGAAGUCGGAGUUCAGGACGGUGAACCGGAGGAGGCUGGGCGUGUGCUCCAACCCGAGCCCGUACCUGGCGAUAAGCGUGAGCACCGGCGGGGCGCCGCUCCCCGACGAGGCGUUCGUCACGGUGACCGUGGCCGGCGUCCUCAGGCCCGAUGCCGAUGACUGGGUCGCCAUGAUCACGCCUUCCAACUACUCCAGUGUCGCCGGAUGCCAUUUGAGUGGUGCUAACUACGUCCAGACCGGCGAUCUAGCGCAUCUCCCGCUUCUGUGCCACUACCCUGUCAAGGCCCAGUACCUGACGCGCGACCCUGGCUACCUGGGCUGCAAGACCGCGGCAUGCCAGAAGCGCGUCGCGUCGGGCGCCUGCAGCGUCCGCACCUGCGCCGCCACCGUCACCUUCCACGUCGUCAACUUCCGCACCGAUGUCGAGUUCGUGCUCUUCUCCGGCGGCUUCCGGACGCCGUGCGUCCUCCAACGGUCCGGCGCGCUCCGGUUCGCCAACCCCGCCAGCCCGCUCUACGGCCACCUCUCCAGCACCGACUCCACGGCCACAUCGGUGAGCACGAGCAGUCCCACCGUUGUUUCUUCGUUCAUUCUACGACGAUUUUCUGCAAAAGCAACAGCUUUACGGCAACUGUAUCUGAGCGCUGGAAGCAUGCAUUGGGUGUUGCCAGAUGAGGCUUACCUGGGUGAGCGGCGAUCGGAGGCCGCAGCAGGUUCAGUACGGAGUAGGAAGUCUGCCACUUCUCAAGUGGCAACGUUCACGCAGAAUGAUAUGUGCAGUAGCCCCUUGUUACCAAGCCCUGCCAAGGAUUUCGGGUGGCAUGACCCUGGCUACAUUCACACGGCCGUCAUGACCGGGCUCCAGCCUUCUCAGUCCUACACCUACCGUUACGGAAGUGAUUCUGUAGGUUGGAGUGACACAAACGAAUUCAGAAUGCCACCAGCUGCAGGCUCAGACGAGACAUCAUUUGUGAUCUAUGGCGAUAUGGGGAAGGCUCCACUGGACCCAUCAGUGGAACACUACAUUCAGACUGGAUCGAUUUCUCUGGCCAAGGCAGUGGCUAAAGAAAUCCAGACAGGAAAGGUCGAUUCAGUCUUCCACAUAGGAGACAUAAGCUAUGCUACGGGCUUUCUGGUUGAAUGGGACUUCUUCCUAAACCUCAUAGCACCAGUCGCUUCUCGAGUUCCCUACAUGACCGCUAUUGGUAAUCACGAAAGGGAUUAUGCAGAGUCUGGUUCUAUAUAUGUGACCCCGGAUUCAGGUGGCGAAUGUGGAGUUGCAUAUGAGUCAUAUUUCCACAUGCCAGCUGUCAGUAAGGAUAAGCCAUGGUAUUCAAUUGAGCAAGGGAGCGUUCACUUCGUCGUGAUGUCAACUGAGCAUAAGUGGUCAGAGAAGUCGGAGCAGUACAAUUGGAUGAAUCAAGACUUGUCAUCAGUCAAUAGAUCGAGGACACCAUGGGUAAUUUUCAUUGGGCAUAGACCGAUGUAUUCAUCCCAUGUCGGAAUACCAGUUAAUGUAGAUCCAAUUUUUGUGGCCUCCGUUGAGCCACUCUUGCUCAAGUACCAGGUGGAUUUGGUUUUCUUUGGCCAUGUACACAACUAUGAGAGGACUUGUGCAGUAUACCGGAGCAUAUGCAAAGGCGAGCCAAAGAAGGAUGCAAGUGGAAUUGAUACUUAUGACAACAGCAAAUAUACCGCGCCUGUUCAUGCCAUUGUUGGAGCUGGAGGGUUUAGCUUGGACAAGUUCCCUAAGAUUGUGUUGAACAAGUGGAGCUUAUCAAGAGUUUCAGAGUUCGGGUAUGCCAGGGUGCAUGCCACAAGAGGUGAUAUGCUGGUUGAGUUUGUAAGCUCAAGUACGAUGGAGGUUCGGGACCAAUUUAGAAUUGUGAAGCCAGAUCCGGCAAGGAGGCUACGGAACCAGCCAGUUCAACCGUAG